AUGGCACGGAAGUUGGUUAUCCUAUUCCUUUGUUUUAUAACCUUGAGUCAUGGAGUCAACAGUUUCAUAGUACCUACUCAAGGACCUACAACAACGACUACUAGUGCUACGGAAAAACUGGACCUAAAAGAAGAAAUAAUAAGCAAUGAAAAGAAAAUAUCGAAUCUUACAAGACAACUCUCAGAAGACUACAGAAAAUAUAGUUACCUUAUUACGACGUAUUUAUGA